AUGAAUCCGUCGGUGGGUUUCAGAGAAAGCCUACGUCGCGGAUGGGAGCUGCUGUGCAUUUGUCUCUCUUUCUUUCCGCCGUCCAUGCAGUUUGCGUCGUACUUGGACAGCUACAUCGCUCGCUACGCCGAUCCGGUGCUGAACCUGCCUGAGGUACCUCUGAGUCACUACGCGCAGUACUGCUCCAAGCGUCUCGAACGAGUGAUGAAGAACGGUGCGAAGCGCGGCCUCCGCAAACCGAGUAUCGAAGAGGUGGAACAGGCUCGUUUGCAGAUUUUUCAUCCGUCGAUGUUCGGCAAUACCCUGGAAGAGAUCAUGGUGAUCCAGCGGGAGCGCUUUCCUAAGCGCAAGUUACCCUGGAUUCAGACCGCGCUGUCAGAACUUGUGCUGAAGCUGAACGGCGCCCAAACCGAGGGCAUAUUUCGAGUGCCGGGCGACAUCGACGAGGUGAAUGCGCUCAAGAUUCGUAUCGAUCGCUGGCUGUUACCCCCGCUCAAUGACCCCCACAUUCCGGCCAGUCUCUUAAAGUGCUGGUAUCGCGAGCUGGCUGAGCCUCUGGUGCCGGACCAUUUGUACCAAGAGUGCGUCGAUUCGGCCGAGGACGCAAAGCGCGCCUGUGAAAUGGUCGACCGACUGCCGCCUCUGAAUCGAUUAGUUUUUUCUUACUUAAUACGCUUUUUACAGGUAACUGGUCUCUUCCCGUUAUUUGUCGAAAGUUUGAACUUGUUUCUUCAGAUUAUUGUUCGAUGUGAAAACGUGCAGUAUACCAAAAUGGACUCGAGCAAUUUGGCGAUGGUAAUGGCCCCGAACUGUUUAAGGUGCCAGUCAGACGAUCCAUCCGUGAUCUUUGAGAACACCCGCAAAGAAAUGACUUUCCUGCGAACUCUGAUGGAAAAUCUUGACACGUCGUUCAUGGAAGGGGUGCUUUAG